UCAAACAUGUAUUAAAGUGGGAAAGAAGAGUCACAGAUCUUCACAGGGAGGUGUUGUGGGACUGAAGAACUGAGACAUGAGGGCUCCAAGCUUGCUGGGGAUUGCAUUCCUCUGCCUGUCUGCCAUGCCUGCUGCAAUGGAUGACGACUACAACAACUUCCCAAAGUACUCUGGUGAUGAACGCUACAGCCACUGGUACCAAACUGGCCGCUACUGUAUACGGUAUUUCAGCACGCCACUCUCCUUCUCUGAUGCUGAGUCUGCUUGCAGUCAAAAAGCUUCAGGGAGUCACCUGCUCUCCGUGCACAGUGAACAAGCAAAUGACGAUGCCUUGGCCAUCGUGUUGAAAUUCAACCCCUCCUCACCACGGACCUGGUUGGGUGGUCAAAGGGAUGGCCAGUCAAAUGACUUCAUCUGGACAGAUGGUUCUUCUUGGAAUUUUGAGAACUGGGUUCCAGGUCAACCAGACGACGCCAGUAAUGUUGAGAGCUGUGUUGAGAUGAACUGGAAAAACUUGGGAGAAUGGAAUGAUGAUCAGUGCAUGAAGCGGAAGCCUUUCAUUUGCGCCUUCAAGCGGCACAAGUGGCAGCAGGAGCCGAUGUAA